CAAAGUGCGUAUAUACAACAGGGCACGGAGCCAGAAGAUAGAUCUUUUCUCACUUCGGCAGCGUGUUUUCCAUUAUACUUCUCCUGCGAUGAGCCAAAUAAAAACGUGCAACCGCUUCCAAAAAAAGGCUAGAGAUUGAGGACAGAGGAAAAUAUAUCCACAGCGUAUUCCACCGUUGAGUAGCAGUUUCCCCCAUUUUUCAGUCGUAGUUCCAUAUUUCGCUUACCCUCCGCCUUAUGUUUUUCUUUGCGCACAAAUAUUCAGUUCGAUUUCCACGCGUUAUAUCCAAGCUGCUGUUUUUUCUUUUCGCAGCGAAGGAGAUCUUUUUUACGUCGCUACUUCUUCCUGACACAACGACCACUCGAUUUUAUCCACCUGAUCUUGCUUACGGUUUCUCCCUUAUUCUCGCGCGACGACGGCGUAGUUCCUCUCAAGGAGGUGCAGCAUCGUCUGAGCAGGAGCACAACAACUUCUUCCCUACUUCUACUUCUAUCCAAAGUACAACUAUGGCCUCGAGGAAGAACGACGCAAAGAAGAAGCGCCGGCGGCGGCAGAGCUCGGAAGGAGCGGACGAUAUGGACGACGAUCUGGACAACCUGUUUUUCGACGACGACGAUGACCAAAGCGGCGCUGCUGCUCGUGCCGCGGCCCGCCAGCAGGGCGGUAGCUCCUACGACCACAACCGACUCGGCUUGCACAUAGGCGAGUUUGUUGACAGUAGUAGAAGUGGCCCAAGUAGAAGUCCUGCUGGUGCGAAGAGACAACGCUUGAUUGUUCCUGAUGAUGACGAUAAUUUUGAGCAGAUGAAUGGUGCUGCCUACGACGAGGACGCGGCUUUGAGAAAAGCACUGGAAGAGAGUCGGCUGGAGGAGGAGCGGAGAAACAAAAAAGGCGGGAUAAAUAAAGUGUCCUCCUUGUCUUCUUCUUCUGCGCAAAAAGAUGACAGCCAUGGAAAUGAGAUUAGCCCAGGACGUCGAGAUCAUCUUCUCGGGAACAACGGACAAAUCGACGAGGAGCAGGGUAGUUCUGCACUCUUCUCCCCGCCCGACAAUGAGGAGGAAGACGAGGAAUUGAAACAGGCGCUGAAGCUGUCCGAGGAGCAGACGAAGCGGGAUGAGGAGAACCGGAAAAAGCUGAACGAGGAGUACAUUCAAAACGUGAACCAGAUCCAGCAGGAGUCGCACGACCUGGGGGAGGAGGAAAAGUUGGAAAAGGAAGUCAGGGAGAAGGCAAAGUUCUUCGACACGAAAUCCGAUUCCUGGGUGGAAAUGCUGGAAGAAGCAGCGAGUGGACUCCGGGAAGCGCUGGCAAAGAGUGCGGGGCUGGUCGAGGGAGCAACCACUUGCUCAACAUCAAAAAGCGGGAAAGAACAAGUAACAGUAGCACACGAUGAAAAUCUGAAACAGACUAAAAACAACUUUUCCUUUUUCGAGAUCCUGGACGGCAAGCUGGCGGAUUUGUGCUUUUCGGGAACAAUAUUCGCCCGGGAGGACCUGUUCCGGUUGUACGACUUUUUGAAAUUGCGAAACAAGGGCGCCAAGUGGUACGGGAUCUGUGCGGCGAAGUACUGCCAAGAAGCGUUCCAAAGGAUUGUGGAAGCCGCAGAGGUGGAGCAGACAGGAAAUGGUAGUGCAGUUGUCUCUGCAACAGGAGGCGCAGGAAUUUCUAGUAGUAGUGCAGCCAGUACUAGCGCCGCAAGUUCUUCAACAGGACAACUCAUAACACCAGCAGGACCAAACAGCAAGGCGCCGCUCCUGAAGGGGCAAAAGCAAACCACAGCAAAAGGAGAUCCGAAGGUUGUGUUGCAACAGGAGUUCGAGCAAUUUCAGUCCGGGAUGUUUGAAAUGCCCGAUCUGGACGAACUGUGCGUCGUGCCGAAAAUCUUACAACCCUUUCUACCGGAUAUGCUGGGGACCGCCGCGGGGAAAACGAGCAGUAGCUCGGGAAGCGUUUUCCCGACAUCAACAUCAUCUGGGGCGAAGUCGUCUUCCUUGUUGUAUUCAGCUCUGCAAGAAGACGACGAUUGCCAAUUCAUGGGCAGCUGUACGAACAAGAAGCGACCAGAGGGUAAUAAAGAAGGAACCGCGAAAGGUGGUCCCACUGGAUUGUUGUUUUCCUCGACCAGCGGUGCCGGCAGUAGUUCCUCCGCGUCCUCAACCGGCGGAGCUGCAGCUGCACAGGCUGGCGGGGGGACUAGUUCGACGAGUAUCGGGGGGACUAACAAUCUACUCGGUCAAUCCUCCACGGAAAUGAUUGAGUUAAGCGACUAGAUGGAAGGAAUAUGGAGAGUUGUUGAAUCCAUGUCAACAUGCGCUGCGAGAAUACUAGGAUCCCACGAACAAGAAACAUCAAAAGCGACAUGAUUUAUUGUCUUUUGCUGAGGCACACGACUCAUUUCCGACCGAAUUCUAUGAAAAAUGAAACUCCAUGACUUACCUCCAAAGCCAAACUACGGGACAAUACAUAAGAAUUCCCGUUCUUCUUCUUCUUAAUCGAUACCUGGAACAGGCUGCAAUUCAUCAUGUAUAUUCGAAUUCCAAUGAUUUCCAUUUACGAAAUCAUCAAUGUGAUUGAGCUGCAUAGGAAGAAAUAAAGAUGAGAUAGAAGCCGAAUGUUGGAUGCAAAAUGAAUCAUGAUGAAGAGAUGCAGAAUAUCUUGCAAAAAUGUUAC